AUGUUUUCGGUUUAUCGCCAGAAGUGUGUCAAUUGGUGCCAAUUGGUGGCCAACAGAAGACAUUUUACCGACGAUAGCGAUAAAGAUAAUGAUAAAAGUGUGACCAUUAAAGAGGAUAGCGUUGUCGACAACGCGUCCCAUAAGAGAGAUUCAACCGAAGAUGACGGCCGGCGAAAGAGUGACGACAAAGUGGUUGUCGCCAAACAUAAUCUCAAUGAAUUGAUCCAAACGCUGAAGUCGAAGGAUAUCUUUGGCAAACCGGACGAUAAGUUGCGCGAAGUGUUGGCAAAGCCUGUGUUUCACAUCAAAAAGAGUGCCCGAAAAGAGGUUCCCAUCGAAGACACCAUCAAAGAAGAUAUCAAUGAGUAA